AUGCAUGAACUCCUGCUCUUCGCUUCCGUGCCAGCGAAGCAACAUCAUGAUUUGCUGCAACAGCUCUCCGGCCUCACUGCCAUGCAGCCGACCCGCACUUUAGAGCGGCAUCUGGUUUUCAAAGCCUACAGGAAACCGGGCUUUAUAAAAACGCGCCCAGGUGGUAGCCAGGAUGUGCAAGCUCCCGAGGUCCAGAGGCUCAACAAGCUUCUGAAUGGAGGAUUGUAUUAUACGCAGGUUGUCGGCAAUGUCCGGGAAAGGGACUUUGGCUCCGUACCUUCUCCUUCCUCUGUGUCGGCAUCUGCGUCUGCUUCACACCCAAGAGCAGAUGAUAGUGCUCAGGCGCACGAAGCAUCGUCAUUGAUGAACGGAACUGCUCCCGCCACCGUGGAGGGCGGAUACGUUGCGGCGGAUCAGUCAUGGAGAUUGGAAUUUAAGGAUACGCCGGAGGCUGGGCAACGACCUGCAGUUACUUCGCGGUUUGUGGGGAGUGCGAAGCUCCCUUUUGGAAAUAUACUUGCUGAAAUGAAAGCUUGGGGGUUUAACUUCGUCUCUGAAUACGUUCUUGAAGGCCAUACAUUUAUCCUUGAUGACACGGUAUUGCUGGUGCACCGGGUGCUCACCUUCCCACCCGGCAAUGCUGGGUGUGGCGGUGGUGGCAGCGAGGCAACAUCAACGCCAACCAGUUAUCUACCCCCUCUGGAUAAGAUGGUACCAUUGGACUCUAGUGGCGCGUACGUUUUGCAAGCUUCGAUUACGGUUAAAGAGAGCGGCAACCCGGACAUGCUGAAGGCAAACUCGCAGCGACUUCUGGGAUUGAAAGAGCGUUUGAAGUCUGUUGUGAAGCUGGAGCCUGCGGAUAGGCUUUCUCUUGAUACGAGGGUGAAGUGA